GAGGAAGUUCUCUACGAGCAACCAAAGGAAGGAAGACCUCAGACGCACAACUAUCCAAGUCCGGGCAACCCAUCGAGGACUUGAAAGUUAACCAUGGCGGCAGCGGCGGCCACCGUCUUAAUCGCUCGGAUUCCGACCACCAAUGCCACCACUGUUACUCGCUGCUCUGCUUUGCCUUAUCUUCCUCGUCGCCUCUCCACGCCUUCUUUCUCUACCUCCGUCAAGCAAUUUCCAGAGUACCGGAAGUCUUUGUUUCAAACCAGAGCUUCUUCUUCAGAGGAAACAUCUAGUUCGGAUCCGAGUGAAUUGUUCACGGAUUUGAAGCAAAAGUGGGAUGCUCUUGAAAACAAAUCUACAGUACUUCUUUACGGAGGUGGGGCUAUUGUUGCUGUUUGGCUAUCAGCAACUCUUGUGGGUGCCAUCAACUCACUUCCCUUGCUUCCAAAAAUCAUGGAGUUGGUAGGGUUAGGUUACACUGGAUGGUUUGUCUACCGCUACCUUCUAUUUAAGUCUAGCAGAAAGGAAUUAGCUACCGACAUCGAGGACAUCAAGAAGAAAAUCGCUGGAACUGAAUAGAAGUGUUAUAGUGAGUGGGAAGCAAAGAUGUUCUUUGAUGACUAUCU